AUGUUGUCAUGGUUUAAUUUCCAACCGCCAGCUUUAUUUUUUUUACAUACUCUUGUUACUCUAGAGAUAUACAUACGCAAUUUGCAGUGCAUUAAAAUAGGCUUUUAUACAUUAAACUAGAUUGAGAAAAUGAGAGUCAUACCAUAUCGCCUUCGAAUAGCUGUUUUGAUAAUCAGUGCACUUGCAUUGCUGUUACUGUGGAAUAUCGUGACUGUUUUCGACACUUCAGUUAUUAGCCUUUAUGCGCAAGAUGGGUUAGAAGGAGAUCAUUUGUGGUUAUCCUCGAAAAAUUUGGAUUUGUAUGUGCAUGUACAGCUUCACAGCAUUUCGUUUUUUCAGAGCUAUUCCUGCUAAUCUUGAUGACAUUAAAGAGAAGAUACUUUAUCAAAGGGGUGCACUGGAAAAAUUUUACGAUACCAACAACAAUUUCAACACCACGGUGAAAGUAUGUUCAGCUGGUUAUUUUUUAAUGUGCAUUUUUUAAAAUUAUUUCCUCUCAAGUUCACAAUAAUGACCCACAGAAGAAAGAUUUGGAGCGAUUUCGGGGGUUUGGGGGGAGGGGGCAGCCAGACGCACAGAUUAUGGGGAAUACAUCAUUUCCCCUGAAAAAUCCUCAGACCCUUUAAACUCUCAAAAUUUCCGCUAAAAGCCCACAAAAAAUCGCCAAAAAUAUCCUUGUCUAUGGAAUUCAUUUCCCUUCUACUGGUAUGGAUUUUUCAGUUUGUCAUGCUUCUAAGUGUAAAGUAACUACUGAUAAAACUAAGUGGCGUGAGGCCGAUGUCAUUAUUCUUACGGAUGAGCAAUAUCCGAAAGGACCACGUCGUCGAAGUCAAUUGUGGUUUUCUUUAGUUCAUGAAUCCCCUGUACAUAUCAAAAUUGCGGAUGAUCUAGGAGACAGAGUGAAUUUUACCAUAUCCUAUCGUUUGGAUUCUUCCAUCUUAUCACCAUAUGGACUAUAUCAACCUUCUGUGAAAUCUGAUGGACCAAAUACAAAAUAUCCUCUUCCUGAACGAGAUUUCGCUAAAGGAAAGUUCAAACUUGUGGCAUGGUUUGUUAGCAACUGCCUUCCUAACAGUCCCAGGACUAUAUAUGCUCAUGAACUAUCACGACAUAUUGAAGUUGAUAUAUAUGGUAAAUGUGGUUCAAAGGAGUGUCCUAGACAAUCUGAAGAGUCAUGCUUCAAAUUACUUCGUGAAAAGUAUAAAUUCUAUUUGAGUUUUGAAAACAGUUUAUGUAAAUAUUAUGUAACAGAAAAAUUCUACAGAAAUGCGCUACAAAAUGAUAUUGUUCCUAUUGUGAUGGGAGCUUCUCUUGAAGAAUAUCAAGAACUAGCACCUCCACAUUCCUUCAUUCACGUGGAUCAAUUUGAAUCACCGAAUGAACUUGCAGAAUACUUAAAGUAUCUAGAUAGGAACGAUACUGCAUACAAUGAAUAUUUUGCUUGGCGUGGACAUGGCGAAGUGUUAAAUUGGCAUGGAGAACCUCAUUGUGAAAUGUGCCUGUUAGCCCAUACAAUUCAACAUGUAAAGCCACACUGGGUUUCAGAUGUAUCCGUUUGGUGGAAUGAUGCGUGUAAAAAUCGAAAUCUUCGUUGGAAACCGUCUAUUCUGUGAGAGAGAAAAUAGUGGUGACAAUAGGAUCAUGCCUUUGAUAUCAUUCUAUUAUACCUGUCUUACAUGCUUUCCCAACUUUAUGUUGAUACUUUCUAAUUAAUUUUCGUUUCAAAACUAACGAUUAGUGAUAUUUUGAUUAACAGAGAGCUUGAUUGUUGCUUUGUGAACAAGUUAAUAAAUUUGUUACUUUUUUUCUUUUUUGUAUCGAUCGCCUACUACAUGCUUUUAUUUUUUCAAGCAUGUUUCAAAUUAUGUGGAAAAUUACGGAAAACUGUGAAUACUUUAGCUGUUUUAUCAUUUUUAAUUCUUUUUUUGCAUUGAUUUUGUAUGCCUUUUUAACUAGGAAUGUUGUACACGUCUUUCCAUGGUAAUUUGUUUU